CCAUCGCCCCGUCGAUCGUCGCAACCUACUAUUCCCUCGCCUGCCCUUCCUGCACCCGUCGAAGCAUGCCUCUGUUUCCUCGAGUCUUGACGCCUCUGCGCUUCCGCCUUCCUCUGGGCCGGUCCGUCUCGACCCUGACCUUCCAGCCCCAGCCUGCCCUCGACGGCGGAUUCACCCAUGCGAUCAACUCUUCGACAGCCUUUGCACCGCAGCCGGCUAUUAUUGUCCUCCAGGAAUGGUGGGGCAUCAACGACCAGAUCAAGGAUCACGCCCAGCGUCUCGCAAACGAAACGGGUGCCACGGCAAUCAUCCCCGAUCUCUACAACGGCAAGAGCACGCUUGAUGCUGAGGAAGCAUCGCACCUCAUGAGCAACCUGGACUGGACCAAGGCGCUCGGCGAGCUUGAAGAACUUGUGGUUGAUCUCCGCAAAGGCGAGAACGCCGAGAGAAAGAUCGGCGCCGUCGGUUUCUGCAUGGGCGGCGCCCUUUCACUGGCCCUCGCCUCCAAGCUCUCCAAGUCGCCUCACCCACUUAAUGCUGUGUCAUCAUUCUACGGCACUCCCUCUGCCGAGCACUUUGACAUCGGAAGCAUUCCCAUUGUGACUCCCUGCCAGGCUCACUUUGGUGAGAAGGACGAGUUUGCCGGCUUCAGCGACGUGGAAACGGCCAAGAAGCUCGAGAAGGCCUGGACCGAGGCCAUCAAGACCCAUGGUGGCUUCCACGCCAAGGGCCUGCACAAGCUGGAGGCCAAUGUCUAUAUUUACCCAGGCCAAGGGCACGCCUUCAUGAAUAACCUUAGCUGGGCUAUCGCCAAGCGAUCCGAGCUCGGCUUUGUCGGGGGCUUCGAUCCCGACCUGGUCAACACCGCCUGGAGACGCACCUUCCACUUUUUCAUCGAGCAUCUGAAGACGCUCUGAAGACGCUCUGAGCGCGCUGUCGCUGUUCACGCCAGAUGAGCAAUAUAGCACAUUUCGUAUUGCGCUGUCCACCGUGGCUGGCAGCACAGCAGUAGAUGCCUGAAUAGCGGAUUGCAGCAC